UUUUCCCGGAAAUUAACCAUAAGCUCCUUUAUUAUGACAGGCGUAUUUAUAAAUGUGAAAUAACAUAAUAAAUAUAACAAUCGAUUAACAUAAACUCGAUUUAUAAAAAUCUGUCCGAUUAAUAUAAUAUUCGUAGUAUUUUUCUGUAGUAUGUAUUUUGUAACUGGCGUUACUGUACUCUCGGAUUUUGUUGACGAAUUUUUGACAAGUGGUUCUUUUCGGUGUGCUAUAUUUUUUAAUAUUUUUGCCUAAAUUAUUGUCAUAUUAAAAUAUGACUCGACAUGCAAGAAACUGCACCGCCGGUGCUGUAUACACGUAUCACGAAAAGAAAAAGGACGCAGCAGCGUCAGGAUAUGGGACACAAAGUGAAAGGGUUGGGAAAGAUUCCGUGAAAAGUUUCGACUGCUGUAGCUUGACUUUGCAGCCUUGCAGAUACCCCGUAGUGACUAAAGAAGGAUAUCUGUUCGAUAAAGAAGCUAUUUUGGAAUACAUUAUAUCGAAAAAAAAUGAGUACAACCGCAAAUUGAAGCAGUACGAAAAGCAACUGAAAAAGGAUGAAAAUGAAGUUAAAGAGCUGGCUGCGGCUGAACGUGAGGCCAAUUUAAUCAAAUUCAUGAGCAGGGAGAAAAAUAUUACACAUAGUAAAUCAGACAGUAUUGCUCCGUCAACCUCCAUUUCAAACCUUGCAAAUGGUAAACAUAAGGAGUUACCCAGUUUCUGGGUGCCCUCACAACUUCCCGAUGCGAAAGUCUCCAAAGUAGAGAAGCCGGACGCAUCAGUGUUGUGCCCAAUAAGCGGCAAACCUCUAAAAAUGAAGGAUUUGAUUGAAGUUAAAUGGACAUUAGUCAAUGACCCAGAUGAUAAGAAGUCUUUGAUUGCUAAAGAGAAUAGAUAUAUGUGUCCCAUUACACAUGAUAUUUUGAGUAAUGCUGUGCCAUGUGCUAUCAUUAGAACUAGUGGGCAUGUCAUAACAAUGGAAUGUGUAGAGAAAAUCAUCAAGAAGGAUUGGAUCAACCCUCUCACAGGUGACAAACUUAAAGAAAAGGAUAUCAUACCCCUACAGAGAGGAGGUACUGGUUAUGCCCUGACCAAUCAAAACCUGGAGGGGAAGAAUGAGAGACCAGUAUUACAAGCUUAGAUUUAGUCAUAGGAAAGAAAAAUAAUACUUUAAGGAUGUCUUAAAUAUUUAAUAUGAACCAGGAAUAACCAGGUUUAGUGGGUCAGGCAAAGGAUUAUUAGGCAUAAGAGAUUUCUAUAACAAAAUCUCUAUAACAACCUGGACUUGGAAAAUUGGCAGUGUCUAUAUGUCUGGCUUGGAAAGCAUGCAAAGUGGUCUGAUUAUUGUCACCAACAUGUUAUAAUAAUCCUUAAAGUAUCCUAUCCCUCAUUGAGGAGCAUGGUCGGCCUGGGCCCACCAGUUCAACAUUAAAAGGCUGAUGAUGAUGAUUUAUUAUAAUAUAAUACUGUACUUUCACAAGGACAGAAAAUAAUAUGUACCUACUUUUCUUCAGAAUGUUUCCUUCUUAAAUGGAAAGAUAUUAUAUGAACAGGAUAAUACACAUUUAAUUUA